AUGACAUCCUCUCAACGUAAACUCUUGAAUACCGCACAAUCAAAAUACGAGUUCAGGACAUGCCCUACCAAUGGUUCCCGCUCUCCAUGUCCUGCCCUCAAUAGUCUUGCAAAUCACGGCUUCAUAUCUAGGGAUGGAAAAAACCUCGCUUUCAUGGAAUUAGUUCAUGCCAUGGUUCUGGUUUACAACCUUACCUAUCCACUCGCCUUUCUUCUCGCCAUUGUUGGAUUUGUCACUUGCGGACAUAUAUCAUUAAGCAGACCUCCCAGAACCACAACGCCGAAAAUGGAACCCAGUGGCUUUUUGAGAAGGUCACUCUCCGUUGUACUUCGCCCAAUCAACACACCAUUUUUCUUUUACCCAAGAUUAGUUCUCGACCUUUCCUCACUCUCCAGUAGGGGAAAACUCAAGAUCACACAUGAUGCUGCAUUUGUUCAUCCAGAUUCUAUACCAUCUGUGACGCCUGAUGUUAUAUUGCUUGAAGAUCUCUUGCAAUAUGCCUCACAACGGCGUCAUGAGAGCUUCGGUGAUUCUGAAGGUGGUCUUAGCUAUAUCGACAUUGCGAAAUUUCAUGCUCGACGAGUAAAGAACGCUCCACGUCCUCUGAGCUCUAUCCAUCAACAGAUUUCUCUAGGCGAAUGUGCCCUUACAUGGGAAGCUCUUCGAGGAUAUCAAUGCCACUCGGGAUCUGACGCGCAUGACAGGCGUACUUACAGCCUGAAAGGAGGGUUGGACGGUGUGAUUCCGGUCUCUAGACUUCGUCAAUGGUUUGGUGAGGAGCGACUGCCAGAUGGAUGGUGGGAUGAUGAAGGCGUAAGACCCCAUGCGCCUAUCGGAAUCAUUGAGGCGCGUUUACUUGCAGAUUUAAUGGGAAAGAUCGCUUCCGAGAAUUAG